AUGACUAUUUCCCAAUAUGCUCUAGGUAUUAUUUGGUUAAUAGGUAAUAUCGGAUCCAUUUUGACUUGUAUUGUUUUUUCUCAAUCUGUAUUUCGUAAGAGUGCAUGUGCUCUAUAUUUCAUUGCUUCAAGUUUUUCACAGUUAUUAGCUUUUAAUUUUGCUUUACUCUAUCGAAUGCUUCAAUAUGGUUAUAAUGUUAAUAUUAUUAACGUUGAACUUUGGUUUUGUAAAAUGCGUUUUUAUCUAUUCUAUGUUUUUAUCGCUAAUUCUCGUUAUAAUAUUAUUAUUGCAUCAAUUGAUCGUUAUUUUUCAAGUUCUCGAAAUGCUCUUCGUCGUCAAUGGAGUUCAUCAAAGAUUGCACUACGUGUUAUUAUUUGUAAUGCAAUAUUUUGGUGUCUUAUGUAUAUUCAAGUAAUUGUUGUCUAUGAAAUCAACAAUAAUAUAUGUCAACCUCAAUCAGGAGUUUAUGGAAUAUUUUUUAGUAUCUAUAUUACAAUUGACAGUGGAAUUCUUCCGACAUUUUUAAUGCUUAUUUUUGGUUUAUUAACUGCUAAGAAUGUUCGUCAAAGUGGUAAACGUAUUGUACCAACUAUACAGAAUUCUACUGAUCAAUCUGUUCGAAUUUCUAAGAAAGAUAUUCAACUUCAAAAGAUGUUAGUAAAUCAAAUUAUUCUUUUUAUAUUUCUUAAUAUACCAAAUCCAUGUUAUCUUGUUUAUCAUUCAUUUACUAUAAAUACUAUCAAAUCACCAGCUCGUCUUACAAUUGAAGCAUUUAUUAAUAACAUGACAUAUGUUCCUCUUUAUCUUGAUUAUGCGUUGACAUUUUUUAAUUGUGCGAUAUCAUCAAAAAUAUUUCGUCGACAAUUUCUAAAUUUUAUUCAAACAAAAAUACUUCGUCGGCCCACGAGAAUCGUUAAAAAAGAAAGAGGAAUAACAACCAGAAAUGGUCUAACACACAGUAUAAAAUAA